UCUUUACAAAGUCGCGGGUUGGGUUUGUGCUUUGUAAUGAGGGAGGACAUUGGAUCCAUAACUAUCAUCCACUUCACUUUGCUGGAACGAGCAGAGCCAUCAUCAUUCAUUUCAUUUCAUUUCAUCUUCUUCCUCAGCUUGCUCCAAUUUUCAAAGUCUUAAAAUCAGCAAUGCCUUUGUUAACAUAUUAAUUCUGUUUACUACUCGUGAGAGACCCAAGCCAGGAUAUUGCAGGAUUGCAAAAGAAAAAAGAGGAAAAAAAAAAAAACUUGCUUCUUCGUACUGAUACAAGUAGUAGACUAGUAGGAAAUCAAUGGGCGCUCGUUGCUCCAAAAUAUCCUUCUGCUGGUGGCAUUCCCACCUCAAGCCUUCCGUCCUCCAAUCCUACAGUAGUUUCGCGGCAGCAACCAAUGGCUUCUCCCCCGAAAACAUUGUGUCGGAGCACGGAGAAAAGCUCCCGUGGUUUACAGAGGCAGGCUCCACACACCGGUCGCUGGAUUGCCCAAAACGCUUCAACAAGUCCGCCUGGCCCGAUUCUCGCCAGUUCAUGGAUGAGGCCAGGACAGUGGGGAAUUUGAGGAGCGAGAGAUUAGCGAAUCUUAUAGGGUGCUGCUGCGAGUCGGAGGAGAGAUUGCUGGUGGCGGAGUUUAUGCCCAAUGAAACGCUCGCCAAGCAUUUAUUUCAUUGGGAAAACCAGCCCAUGAAAUGGGCAAUGAGGCUGAGGGUGGCAUUGUACUUGGCACAAGCUUUGGAGUACUGUAGUAGCAAGGGAAGGGCAUUGUACCAUGAUCUUAAUGCUUACAGAGUCCUAUUUGAUCAGGAUGGUAAUCCUAGGCUUUCUUGCUUUGGCUUGAUGAAGAAUAGUAGAGAUGGCAAAAGUUACAGCACAAAUUUGGCUUUCACUCCUCCGGAAUACUUAAGGACAGGAAGAGUGACACCAGAAAGUGUAGUUUACAGCUUUGGAACCAUGUUGCUUGAUCUUUUGAGUGGCAAACAUAUUCCACCCAGCCAUGCACUUGAUCUCAUUCGGGGGAAGAAUUUCCUGAUGCUGAUGGAUUCUUGUUUAGAGGGUCAUUUUUCUAAUGAUGAUGGAACUGAACUGGUGAGGUUAGCCACCCGAUGUUUACAAUAUGAAGCUCGUGAGAGGCCUAAUGCAAAGUCACUUGUUACUGCUCUUUUGUCUCUUCAAAAAGAUUCAGAGGUUCCUUCUUAUGUUCUGAUGGGCAUAUCUCAUGGUUCUGCAAGCCCAGUGGAACCAUUGCUGUUGACACCUAUGGGUGAAGCUUGCUUGAGAAUGGAUCUCACUGCCAUCCAUGAAAUGUUGGAAAAGGCUGGAUAUAAGGAUGAUGAAGGAAUUGCAAAUGAGCUUUCUUUCCAGAUGUGGACAAAUCAAAUGCAGGAAACUUUGAAUUCUAAGAAGCAAGGAGAUGCAGCUUUUCGAGCAAAGGAUUUCACCACUGCCAUUGAUUGUUAUACACAGUUCGUUGAUGGUGGAACCAUGGUGUCACCCACUGUAUAUGCCAGACGCUGCUUAGCCUAUCUGAUGAGUGAAAUGGCACAAGAAGCUCUGGGGGAUGCUAUGCAAGCUCAUGUAGUAUCGCCCGAAUGGCCCACUGCCUUCUACCUUCAAGCAGCCGUCCUGUUCACCCUAGGGAUGGACAAUGAUGCUCAAGAAUCACUUAAAGAAGCCACAAAGUUUGAAGCAAAAAGGAACAAGAAUUAGAUGUGUAAAGGUUUGCUAUAUUGGUUGUCAAAAAUUCUUAAAAUUUCUUGUAUGUAUUGCCCAGUUUCUUUUGCAACUCAAGCGGGUAUCAGGGGAGGAAAAAA